GCUCCAAAUUAUCUUCGUGUCAUAUCGUGACUUUACGUAAAAUUAAACUGCUACCCAGCUGCCUGCCAUUUCAGUUUACCAGUUGAACAAUGUGUUUCUAUAGAUAGGAUGUAGAAAUUGCACACUUGCAAUAACGGUCGAAAUUAUAACGGUCGAAAUUAUUUCGUGAAUAUAUGGUGGUGGUCCAAAUGUUCAAUUUACAACAAUUUCCGGUUGAUGCAAGAUGCUAGAUUUUACCACUAUUUUGCUUUAUAUUGUAGUAUUGGUUGCAAUAUGCCUUACAUUGGAUGGAGAAAAUAGAGCACUGAAUACACUGAGAUGCUGGCUGUCAUACACCUUACAAGCACUGCCUACCCCAACCUUGCCAGAUACAAGAGUGAAGAAUUUUUUAAGGAUCCUAAGAAUGGUGGCACAAGUGUGUUAUUUUCAUCCAUUGAUGAUGUACCAACAAAAGAGUUGUCCAUUGUUGUUCCUGCAUACUGUGAGGAAGAAAGAUUGCCAGUUAUGCUUGAUGAAUGCCUAGAGUGCUUAGAAGAUAGAUUUGCAGGAGAACCUCAGUUCAGCUAUGAGGUGAUUGUGGUUGAUGAUGGCAGCCCAGAUAAAACAUCAGAAGUUGCUCUUGCAUACUCUCAGAGUUAUGGCACAGACAAAGUACGAGUACUUACACUGGAGAAGAACAGGGGAAAGGGUGGAGCUAUAAGAUUGGGUGUAUUUAGUGCAAGGGGAAAAAUGAUUUUAUUUGCUGAUGCAGAUGGAGCGACCAACUUUCAAGAUUUAUCAAAAUUAGAAGAUAAAAUGAAGCAUUUGAUAGGUGAUAAAAAAGACAGCUGUGCAGUUGUGUGUGGAUCUAGGGCACAUCUGCAGAAAGAUUCUAUAGCAGAGAGAUCUUUGUUCCGCACAUUCCUCAUGUAUGGUUUCCACUUCCUGGUUUGGUUCCUUUGCGUUAGAGGAAUAAAGGACACACAGUGUGGAUUUAAGUUGCUCACAAGAAAUGCUGCCAAAAUACUCUUCUCUAAUCUCCAUGUAGAAAGGUGGGCCUUUGAUGUCGACAUGUUAUACAUAGCUCAACAUUUUAAUAUGGCUAUCGGGGAGGUAGCUGUUAGAUGGACAGAGAUAGAUGGCUCCAAGAUGAUUGCAGUGUGGAGCUGGUUGCAAAUGGGACGUGAUAUUUUAUUGAUAAGACUACGCUAUUUUUUAGGAUCAUGGAAAAUAGACAAUAAAGUCAAACUAGACUAAAAGUUCAACAUACAAAUGUAACAAAAUGAAGAUGUGAUAAUCGGAACAAUUUAUCUAUAUGAAAGACAGGUUAACACACAGAUGUGGAUGAAGUCAAAACCUAAAAUCCUUCUCUGCAAACUUUAAGAAAAACAGCUGCACAGUUACUUUUUUAUUAAGACUUUUAACUCAUUUCAUUCCACAUCUGAUUGGGUUUAGCCAUUUAUUAAUUUAUGGUGUUUUUGAGUUUCCAUAGUUUAACUAUUUAGUAGCUUUAUAAAUGAUUUCAGGUGUCCUGUAUUGUAAAACCCUAUAUUGCUGUUAACAUUACUUGUAUGCGAUGAUUUUGUAAAAAUAAAUCAGCAGAAACUCAUAACUACUUAUUUAUUGUUAGCCAUUUUGGAUUUUCCGUCCUAAAAUCGUCUCUGUAAAGUCUUGUCCACUCAUUUUC